AUGCCAGUUCGUCAGUUGGGUCCUCCUGGAACAUUGCAUAAGAAAAAUGAUUGUCUUUCUGACCAAACUGUUGAAAACCUACUUGCAACAGACAUUUCACCUAACACACCUGAGGCAAUUGAUAGACUCUUCAUGGAUAUAGGAAACAUCAACAGAGGGUCUAUGGCUGAAAUACAGGAUUGUCAGAUUGAAGAAAUGGCGGUAAACCUGUGGAACUGGGCAAUUACCAAUAAAAUGGAUUUGGUGAUAAAUGAACAGAAAGCUAAAGUGCGGCAUGUUGCUUGUAAGUUGAUUCGCAUGUGUGAACACCCAGAUGCUUCAGAAGAAGCUAUUCAAAGACAAAUUUUGAUGAGUAUGAAAACAGGAAAAGGAUGGGUGGAUGUUGGAAAUGUGGCGCUUGCUGAUGAUUUUUUUCAAUCUGCCAUGACUAGUCUGGAGCAGUUAUAUUCCAAAUUAACUCAGAGGAGCCCCACUGAGGAACAUGUGAUUAUGCAGAAGAAUACUGUGGAGAGGGACCUUUUGAAAGUGCUUUCUUACCAAGCAGAAGCAGCAGUUGCUGAAGGGGAUUUUCAAAGAGCAUCUAGUUGUAUACUACGCUGUAAAGAUAUGUUGAUGAGGCUUCCCCAAAUGGCUUGUUAUCUUCAUACUGUCUGUUACAACUUGGGAAUACAAAUCUACAAGGAGAAUAAAUACGAAGAAAGUUGUUUCUGGCUUAGCCAAAGCUAUGAUAUUGGGAGGACGGACAGGAAUUCUGUUGAGCCAGAAAUGUUGGCUAAAGUCCUGCGGUUACUGGCCACUGCUUAUUUGGAUUGGGACAGCAGCGAAUAUUAUGAUAAGGCCCUCAACAUUAUAAACCUAGCAAACAAGGAAGAGUUACAUCCAGUUGGGCUUUUCUUAAAGGUGAAAAUCCUCUUGAAGAGUGAAAUGGCUAAUCAAGAACUUUUUCAAACUCUUAUGGAAAUUCUGCAUUUUGGCAUGUCUCUGAACUUCUGUCUGAAUAUUGUUAAACUGCUGGUGGAUCAUGAAAGAGGAUCUAUUGGAUUUUAUUUCCUGAAGAUUAUCUGUGAACAUUUUCAGUCAUCAGAAGAUACUAGUAAAGCUCAACUGCUCCACAUUGACAUGCUUUUACAAAGGAAGGAAGAAAUGUUUGCAAAGGAGAAGGUUGAAGAAAUCAUUAUAGGUCACCAAACAGGAAAACCACUGGCAUCAGAAUUAAUAGGCUAUUUCCACAGCAUUAUUUGGAAACAAGCUGCCAGAAGUUUUGAGGUACACAAUUUUGAUAAUGCCCUGCACUGGUACUGUUAUUCUCUGAGAUUUUAUGCAGCUGAUCAAUCUGAUCUGGACUUGGCCAAGCUACAGAGGAACAUGGCUUCUUGUUACCUGCAUUUGGGACGAUUUGAUAAGGCUAAAGAGGCGGUUAUCAAAGCUGCACAACGUGAUCCUAGAAAUAUUUUCACUCAGUUUUAUAUAUUCAAGAUUUCAAUCGUGGAGGGCAACUCCGGCAGAGCUUUGGAGGCAAUUAUCACUUUAGAGUAUUUAUUAACGACUGACGAGCAACAUGAGAAUAAUGCAUCUACAAAGAGAAGUUCAGGUGUCAUGCUUUUCAGUUUGGCUGCCCAGUUUGCUUUAGAGAAUGGCCAACAAGUUGUAGCAGUAAAAGCUUUGGAAAAUUUAGCUAAAUAUUCGGAAGAGCCGCCACAAGUUCUUACAGCUUUAAAGUGUUUGUUUCGUCUUUUUCUUCCAAGAGUUUCUCAAAUGCCAGAAUGUGAAAACAAAAAGAAAGAAAUGGAUAGACUUUUGGCUUACUUCAACAGAGCACUCCUGAACCUUACUCAGUUAUUUGAAGGAGAAGCUUGGACUUUAGCCUCUAAGAUUAACGAAGCUCAUUGGUUUCGAAAAACAGCUUGGAACUUGGCUGUGCAAUGUGAGAAAUAUCCACUGUCAAUGAGAGAGUUUUUUGUACUUUCUUACAAGCUGUCCCAGUUUUGUCCUUCUGAUCAAGUAAUUCUGAUUGCACAGAAAACAUGUUUACUCAUGGCAGCUGCAAUUGAUCUAGACCAAGGAAGAAAAGCUUCAACAGCUUUUGAACAGACCUGCUUCCUAAAUCAUGCACUUGAUCUGAUCUGUAAAUGCAGAAACAUCUGGAAUCUCCUGAAAACAACAGGGGACUUCUCAAGAGAUCCAUGCGAGACAUUGCUUCUGCUGUAUGAAUUUGAAGUGAGAGCCAAACUGAGUGACCCAUUACUGGACCACUUCCUGGAACCAGUGUGGGAACUACCUCACUUAGAAAGUAAAGCAUUUGAAACAAUUGCAGUGUUAGCAAUGGAAAUGCCUGCAUGCUAUCCUUCUAUUGCUCUGAAGGCCUUGAAAAAGGCUUUGUUUUUCCACAAAAGGAAGGAAUCAAUUGAUGUUUUGGGAUACAGCAAAUGUAUGCACAGCUUGGUUAACCUCUUAGUGCCAGAUGGGGUGCCGAAUACAGAACUCUGUCCCAUGGAAGAAAUUUGGGGCAAUUUUGAAGAUGCUCUGAUCUUUAUUAGCCAAACUGAAGGCUACCCAGAAAUGGAGAUUCUCUGUCUGAUGAUCAAGUCCUGGAAUAUUGGCAUAUUUCUGUACAGUAAACGCAUGUAUGUAUCUACUGAAAAAUGGUGCAGCCUGGCACUGCGUCUCCUUAACUACCUUGGCUCCCUCAAGAGCACCUAUGAAACUCAGGUGAAUAUUCUGUACAGUGAGCUUGUGGAAGCAUUAGAAAAAAACAAGCGCUCAGCUUUUAAUGAAGAAUGA